UGUGCUUCGUUUCGGAGAUAAAGAAGGAACAUCUCGGCAUAUAAAAGGAAACAACACUAAUACAUAGCGCGGAGAGGGGCUGGGUCAUAGUUUAACAGCAUGUAAAUCAUUUUCUUUAGCUGCUUUGUGGUGUUUCUCACGGGCAAAUGCCACAUAAUCUUGAGGACGCACUUUUAAUCUGCCCAACAAACCAAAUAGCGGCUGCUUCACGUGCACGGGGCAGCGACACUUGAUUUUUGCGGAGGAAAAGCGCAGACGCAGCGCUGCAUUGUUUAGAUUUAGCCAUUUCUUCGACCCCCGCAUGAUUUCUCUAUCACAAUAAGUGUUGUGUAGUAAUGCAGCGGGUGUGGAUGAGUAAAUAACGGCAGACAGACCGGCAUGGCACGUCAGACAAACCCGUUUAGAAGAACACAGGGAGAGUGACAAGGACGGGAGAGGGAGAAAGAAAGGGGAGGGGAACUGACAUUAAAGCAACACAACAAGGAAACUACACUGCACAGCCACAGACGCCUUCAUUUUAUGUUUUUGAAUAAUAGCCGGAGCUAGUGUGGCGAAGUGUAUCUGUGAAAUCUGCCCGGAGCUCAGCCCCGGACCGCGGCUGCCCCGAAAAGGAGCAGCUUUUCACCGAGUUGGAUUUAAAGGCGCUCUCCGUCGCUUUCUGAGAUAUGGGAUCAGAGCCACCCAGCUCUCCACAGGUGGUAGAGGACGGAGGAGAGGAGGAUGAGGAGGAGCUGAGCGGAGGGGAGGAGGCAGACCUGCGGUCCAGCUCAGGCCGGGGCUCCCUGCUGACCCGGAGAGGCAUCACCCUGAGGGUGCUCCUCAAGGAUGGCCUGGUGGAGCCAGGGGAUGGCGUGUUAGCCAUACACUAUCUGGGUAAGAACUUUGUAGGAGACCUGUUGACUGAUGGGAAAAUCCGAUGGGUGGAGACAGGCCAGAUCUUCAACUCCCCCAGUGCCUGGGCAACACACUGUAAGCGUCUGGUCAACCCGGCAAAAAAGUCCGGCUGCGGCUGGGCGUCUGUGCGCUACCGGGGACAGAAGCUGGUUCAGUACAAAACCACCUGGCUGCACAAGUAUCAACCCAGCGCUGACAUGAGCUUGGUCAGUGAGGAAGAUGAUGACGAGGAUGAGGAGGAAGGGAAGGCAGCUGUGCAGGCAGAUGAGAAGAACAAGAACACCAAACCUGGAUUACAUGAUGUAAUGGUUUCACGGAGAACUGACAGAGAGAGAAUCCCUGUCAGAUAUUGCACUUUGGGCACCAGAGAUGCUGCCAGAGAUCCGCACACACUAGUGGAGCUGUCAGCCUUCUCGGCCAUCAACAGAUUCCAACCUUUCAAUGUAGCUGUGUCCAGUAAUGUACUGCUGCUAAUGGACUUUCAUUGUCACUUGACCACCAGUGAGGUGGUGGGAUACCUCGGAGGACGAUGGGAUACCAACACACAAUUGCUGACAGUCUUACGGGCUUUCCCCUGUCGGACCAGGUUGGCAGACAGAGACUCGGCUUCUGCUGUUGAGGAGGAGAUUUGCCAGAACCUGUUCAUGCGUGGGUUGUCGUUGGUGGGCUGGUACCAUAGUCACCCGCGAGGCCCGGCCCUGCCGUCACUGCAGGACAUCGAUUCCCAGAUGGACCAUCAACUGAGGCUGCAGGGCUCAAACAACGGCUUCCAGCCCUGCCUGGGCAUCAUCUGUGGUCCGUAUUAUCACGGAAAUCAAGGUGUGGCAUCUACAAUAACUCCAUUCUGGGUUGUACCUCCACCUGAGCAAAGGCCUAAUGACUAUGGCAUCCCAGUGGCUGUCGAGGUCACCUACGUGCAGGACAACUUCCUCACCAGUGACGUUCUUAACGAGAUGAUGCUGCUGGUUGACUACUACAGAGCAGCUCCUGACCUUGUUCAGUUCAGCCAGUACUGGUGUCCUGAUACGACCAUGAUGGACAAAAUUAAGGGCUCUCUGAGUUGCCACGCUCCCAAAGACCAGGCCUACUCUCAGAUAUUGGAGCAUGUCUACAGUCAGCUGAGUAACAUGCACUAAACAGAUCCGCACGGCAUGCGUGACGCGGCCGAGCCCCCUCUCAAGUCGUUCCACUUCAAGCACCAUUUUUUUGCUGAGCCUGCAGAAUUGGUGUGACUGACAGUGUGGCAUACAAUGUACAGUAAAACCUGCUUGAAAAACAUAUAGAUGCCUUGAAUGCUCAUAUGCUUGAGUGAUACUUAAUAGUAAUACAGCAUUAUCAUGAGAUCAAACACAUUUCGAUGUCUUGAAAUCUGCCCCAGAAAGUUGCAUUUACCAGAAGAAACCCAAAACCAAAAAGCAGCAGUUUAGAAAACAUGAGACUAGACCAAUAUUUUACAGUAGGACACGAUCUAGAAACAUUUUGUGGACUAGAAAUCAGCCUUUCUGGCCUUUUACCUUUUAUGCAUGGACCUACAGUAUGUGCCUAUCUGUGCCAGUAACCUGUGGCAAUGAGCAAAUAUUGGCAGAUAUGUACAAUUGCCUUUAUCGACUAAACCAAUGGAACAGCGUUUGAGGGGAAAAAAAGUGAAAACUAGCGCUAAAUCCACAACAGUGACCUAAAGUGUACUCUGGUUUUUUGAGUGCAUCAAAUCUGCUGUGCCACACAAGUUAAAUUUUUUUUUUAUAGUGUAAUGAAACAGGUAUGCGUGUUUCUGUUUGUGUGAGCUGUGUUGUGAAUGUGCCCGUCUACUGUCUUCCUGUCAGGUGAAGUGAAACAUGAGUCCUGUUGGUUAGGAACAGAGAUUUGCUUCCUUUUUACCUGUACUGUAUUUAUUACUAACUGUGGAUUGUAUAGAUACAUCUUUGAGGACAGAGGAAUGCCUUAAGCCUGCUGAUUGAUGAUCCACAAAGCAUUAAAAUAUACACA